AAGCACCAGAAGCAGACGUCGUUUGACAGUCACAACAGACGGCGACAUCCAACCAGGCCAGUAUUUAACGUAGAAAAGCAUUGGGUAGGAAAAAACUAUUCACGCCGCCGGUUAAUACACGGAGCGUCUGCAGCAGGCACCUAGCUAACUAAAUUAACAAAAUUUUGUGACAACAAUAUGUAUCGGCUAGCGUUUAAAGAUCAGUGCAAGUGUGCGUUGCAGCGUACGUUGCAGCAGAAGAAUGGUAGGCAAUACAGCAAUAACAACAGCAGUAGUAGCAGUGGAGGUAGUGGGGGCAGCAAUGGACAUCAGCAUGGUCAGGGCCUACCACCACAUAUGCGCGAAGCUGGCUUUGGCAAAGUGAUGCUCAUCGUGACACCACUGGCUGCAGUCGGCGGCGUUAUAACAUACGCCAAAUACGACAACGAGUUCCGUAAACUGGUUGAGAAAAAUGUUCCCGGCGCUGAAUCAAUCAUUAAAGUUGCUCUCAAAGAGGAGCCUCCAUUUCAGGGAAUUACCAAAAACAUAAACGAACAAAUCGACAGCGUGAAGAAAACCUUUACUAAUGUGAGUGAUUCUAUGGACAGCGUCACGUCGAAGGUCACAGGUUUGUUUGGCGGCAGCAGUGCAGGGUCCGUCCGGCCGGAUGCUGAUACGCGCGUGCAACCGAUCAAAGCGGUGAAGGCGCCGGCAUCCGAAAAAAUCGCAGAAAAGAAAGAAGGUGCCAAGCCGGCUGCAGCAACCCCCGUAGCUGUGCCAAAAUCGCCAGCGCCUAAGGCCGAGCCACUGCCACGUGACGUUCUUGAACUAGAGAAGGCUAUUGAGCUAUCCGCACAGCUGGCGCUCAAGGAAUACAAUACGGCCAUUAGCAUAUUAAAGAGUUUCAAUGAGGAUGUGCGUCGCGUGGUUGAUAAGGCUGUGGAGAAUUCCGACACAUCGCUAUGGACAACAUUGAAGAACCGCACGAGUGCCCGUGACACGGCAGUCUCAACGGCUGAGCGCUCAGCACGAGAUGCGCAAUCUAUGAUUGAAAAGUGUGAGGUGGCGUUGAGUAAGGUGGCAACGGCGCAAAAUCACGAUGAUGUCGAAGCGGUGCGCAAUAAAAUCAAGAAACUGGUUGGUCACAUCAGCUCUGUAAAGGAUGAGCUCUAUAGACACAAAGAUAUGGCCAGUGUGUCGGAUAAAUAUUGGCGUAGCGUAGAGCAGGCUCGAAACUAUUUCAUUGACGAAAUCGAAUCCAUAUUCCCCGGCCUCAACCUGUCCGAAAAGAAACUUGAUUUGGCAAAGGACGAUCUUGAUUUAUUCAUACUGCAUGCCUACACGCAUGUGCUAGCUUAUCAGAAGGAGCUGCAGCGUCUCCAAACUGAUGGUGAGCUGCGUCUAAAACGUGCUAUUGAUGCCGUGCGCGGUGACAACGAUUCGGAAGCCCUACGCGCUCAACUGGAAUACCACCUCGAGGCUGAGAAGCGCAAACUGGCUGUGGAUAAUCAAAAGAAGAUUUUCCAAAUCCAUGCCGAUGCCGACAAGCAGCUGCGUUUGCAAUUAAAAAAGCAAGCUGAAGCGCAUGCCGAUCACAUCAAGGACAUUGUUACCCAACGCGAAACGGAUCUUACACGUACUUUCAAGCGCGAGCUUGAAGAGAAGCUGGCAGCGGAGAAAGCCAACUAUAAGCUACAGCUGGCUGCCAUGCUGGGCAAAUUGCGAGGCAUGGACGCUGCCCUAGCUGAAAUUGAUCAGGAAUUUAAAGAACGUGCAGAAACCGAACGUACUGCCAAUCAAGCGCAAGCCUUGUGGGCCGCUUGCCAAGCUCUGUGGGCUUCGGUGCGCACUGCCACUCCUGGAGUGCACUACAAGGAUAAGCUGCGUCCACUUAAGAACGAGAUCAACGCGAUUGCCAAGGUGGCAAAGGGCGAUGAAUUAGUCGCUGCCGUCUUGCAAAACAUGCCCAAGGAGGCUCAGGAGCGUGGUGUUUAUCCAGAGGAUGCUUUACGCGAACGAUUCGUCAAUGUGGAGCGCAUAGCGCGUCGCUUGGCGCUGGUGCCUGAAGACGGUGCGAGUCUACCCAUCUAUUUCCUUUCCUAUCUGCAAUCGUUGUUCAUCUUGCGACCGGAUAAUCCCAUUUCCAAGGAUGAGCUCGAGAACAAACCCUUUGACUUUAGUAAAUUGGACACCUAUGACAUUUUGAACAGGGCCAGGUAUCAUGUGGAGCGGAGCGAUUUUCUGCAGGCGCUUAAGUACUUGAAUCUGCUGGAAGGAGCGCCCCGCAAAAUAGCCGGCGAGUGGAUGAAGGAGGCGCGUCUCAUGCUGGAGACUCAGCAGGCGGCCAACACACUAAUGGCACAUGCCGCAGCCAGUGGCUUGUUGUAUUUGUAGAUUAUGUUUCCCUACUCGUUUAUCCGUUUUAAUUUGCCCGACAUUUUAUUUUUGUCCAAUUUAACGCAAAACAGAAAAGGUUAAGCAGGAGACUCAAAUCAUCCUGAACAAUUUGUUAUAGCAGUUCUCUCUCUGUUUAAAAGUGCAAGAAAAAGUCAAACAUGAAUCAUUAAAAAACGUUUUUGUAAAAUUUCCUUUUAGCUGCAAUUAUACAAAUUAUAAAUAAUAUACAUAUUUAUGAAAAUAGAGAAA